GAGGCUGGGUGGGCUGCGCCCCCAGCGAGUAGGGGUGAGCACACAGCGGGCACGCAGUUCAGAGCCCGGGCCAGGGUGUGGUCUCCCCCUCUCCAGGGGACCUUUCAGGCAGGGAGGACAGACCAUCCGUGGAAGUCAACCUCUGUCCCCUUGGGAGCAACACCGGAAGAAGCAGCUGCUUUGGGGCUUGUCCCUGUCCCCAGGGAGUCCUGAGCCUCCCUUGGUCCAGCCAGAGGCUAAGGGGCCUAAAGGGCGCUCUCCGAGGUGCACAGGGCUGAGGGCGGAGUGGGGGCUCCCCGCCUCCCUGCCUGCACCAGCAGAAGGCCCCCCAACGGCUUCCUGUUGUGGGCCUGGACCAAGUCCUCCUCAGCCUCCUCAGCCGCAGCCCUGCAGCCUCCUCCCCCACCAUGUGGCUGCUCUGGCCCCACCCUCUGACCCUCUGCGGCCUCCAAUCCUGAGGGCCUGGAGUAGGAUGGGGAAGCAGCUGGCCGGCCCACCCCCCCCCCACGCUGCACCCCUGCUGCAAGGGAUGCUGGCCCUGAGAAGAAGCCGCUUCCUCAGAGGAGCCAAGUGUUGUGAGUGCAGUGCCGCCCUUUCACACCAGUACUAUGAGAAGGAUGGGCAGCUCUUCUGCAAGAGAGACUACUGGGCCCGCUAUGGAGAGUCCUGCCACGGGUGCUCAGAGCACAUCACCAAGGGACUGGUCAUGGUGGCCGGGGAGCUGAAGUACCACCCCGAGUGCUUCAUCUGCCUCACGUGCGGGACCUUCAUCGGUGACGGGGACACCUACACGCUCGUGGAGCACUCCAAGCUGUACUGUGGGCACUGCUACUACCAGACCGUGGUGACCCCCGUCAUCGAGCAGAUUCUGCCCGACUCCCCCGGCUCCCGCCUGCCCCACACAGUUACCCUCGUAUCCAUCCCGGCCUCGGCUCAUGGCAGACGUGGCCUCUCCGUCUCCAUCGACCCCCCACACGGCCCGCCGGGCUGCAGCACGGAGCACUCCCACACCGUCCGGGUCCAGGGGGUGGACCCAGGCUGCAUGAGCCCAGACGUAAAGAAUUCCAUCCACGUCGGAGACCGGAUCCUGGAAAUCAAUGGCACGCCCAUCCGGAAUGUGCCUCUGGAUGAGAUUGACCUGCUGAUCCAGGAAACCAGCCGCCUGCUGCAGCUCACCCUCGAGCACGACCCCCACGACACACUGGGCCAUGGGCCGGGGCCUGAGCCCAGCCCCCUGAGCUCCCCAACUCCCACUCCCAGUGGGGAGGUGGGCAGCUCUACACGGCAGAAGCCUGUCCUGAGGAGCUACAGCAUCGACAGGUCUCCGGGAGCCGGCUCCCUGAGCUCCCCGGCCUCCCAGCGCAAGGACCUGGGGCGCUCCGAGUCCCUGCGCGUGGUCUGCCGGCCACACCGCAUCUUCCGGCCGUCGGACCUCAUCCACGGGGAGGUGCUGGGCAAGGGCUGCUUUGGCCAGGCCAUCAAGGUGACGCACCGGGAGACGGGCGAGGUGAUGGUAAUGAAGGAGCUGAUCCGGUUCGACGAAGAGACCCAGAGGACAUUCCUCAAGGAGGUGAAGGUCAUGAGAUGCCUGGAGCACCCCAACGUGCUCAAGUUCAUCGGGGUGCUCUAUAAGGACAAGAGGCUCAACUUCAUCACCGAGUACAUCAAGGGGGGCACCCUCCGGGGCAUCAUCAAGAGCAUGGACAGCCAGUACCCGUGGAGUCAGAGGGUGAGCUUUGCCAAGGACAUCGCUUCAGGGAUGGCCUACCUUCACUCCAUGAAUAUCAUCCACCGGGACCUCAACUCCCACAACUGCCUGGUCCGGGAGAACAAGAACGUGGUGGUGGCCGACUUCGGGCUGGCCCGGCUCAUGGUGGAAGAGAAGACACAGCCCGCGGACCUGCGAAGCCUCAAGAAGCCAGACCGCAAGAAGCGAUACACGGUGGUGGGUAACCCGUACUGGAUGGCGCCCGAGAUGAUCAACGGCCGCAGCUACGACGAGAAGGUGGACGUGUUUUCCUUUGGAAUCGUCCUGUGCGAGAUCAUUGGGCGGGUGAACGCGGACCCCGACUACCUGCCCCGCACCAUGGACUUCGGCCUCAAUGUGCGAGGCUUCCUGGACCGUUACUGCCCCCCGAACUGCCCGCCGAGCUUCUUCCCCAUCACCGUGCGCUGCUGCGAUCUGGACCCUGAGAAGAGGCCCUCCUUCGGGAAGCUGGAGCAGUGGCUGGAGACCCUCCGCAUGCACCUGGCCGGCCACCUGCCGCUGGGCCCGCAGCUGGAGCAACUGGACAAGGGCUUCUGGGAGACCUAUCGGCGUGGCGAGAGCGGCCUGCCCGCGCACCCCGAGGUCCCCGACUGAACCCGGCCCACCCAGCGUCCCCACCCCCACCGCCGGCACCACGCUCUUCUGCAGGUCCUGGCGGGGUGCGGAGCCCCCAGCUGGGUGGCAGGCCCCCAUACUCCUCCCUGGCGCCGGGCCCUGCCUUGCCUUCUCCUCCCCCGCGGGCCAGGGCCCGGGAGCCGGCCCGGCAGCGCACACACAGUCACCUCGCCCUGCCUUACCUCCGCCGCGGUGGGGCCGCCCCCUCUCGCUUCUCCUUGCAUGAGCCGGAGGGCCCGCGUGAGUCCCGCCCCAUCCUGCACCCUUCCGCGCCCCCCCCAGCCGUCCUGUGCACCCCCCACCCGCCUGCAGCGCCUCUGAGGCUGGACUGGUAGACGCCUCCCACCGCCUGGGUAGGCAGGGGAGGGCGCGGAGUGAGGGAGAGGCCACACUGCUGGGGUGCGUCGCCCCCGGGGGGGGGGGUGUCUCG